ACACAUUUAUACAAAGACCACAAAGAAAUCGGGGACUCGUUUAAAGUUUUUUGAGAAAAAGAAAAAGAAAACCAAACCUUGAACCUGCUUAGUUGAUCCUGAAUAACUUCAAAGUUAAUAAGUUUUUUUUGUUGUGUUCUCUUUUGAUCUUCAGUUAUUGUUUUUUUUUUUGGUUCGUUUUGCUUUGAUGGUUUCUGUUUUUAGUUUUUACCUGAAGAUUUUAUUUUCCUAAAGUUCCAAAGAAAUGAAAUUAAGCUUACGAAAACAAAAAAAUCUGGAUUCAAGGUUCUUCAUUUCAGUUAGGUGCUGUUUAACAGAUGGAUGGUUGAAACGGGGAUAAAGAUGAAGUUUUUUCAUAGAUAAAAUCCAAGUUGUAAGGAUCCCAGAGGAUCCAUUGUUUGAAUUGGAUUGGUGUUGGAAAUAGAAAAUUGCCAAUUACAAGUUUGUAUUUUUUUAUUAAGUUAUAACAUUUAUUCUUCUCUUCUCAUUUUCAAACCAAUUAUGUGUUUGAUUAAUGUUUCUUAAUUACAAGAAUCUAACCAUUUUGUUUUAUAAAAUGAUGUUUGUAGAUAAGAAGAGAUUUGGGGUUGUUUGAUUCUGGUAUUUAAUCUCCAAAAGUUGGCACCAUUUCUGACAUUUCUUAGGGUUGUCUUCAUUUGUGUGUUUUAAACUUUUUUUUUAUAACAAUGGAGGAAUUCAGACAAAUUGGUGAGGUUUUGGGAAGUCUAAGAACUCUUAUGGUUUUACAAGGCGAGUUUCAAGUCAAUCGACGACAAUGUUGCUUGCUGUUUGAUAUAUUUUGUUUGGCUUUCAAUAUAAUAGCCGAAGAAAUAAGGUUGAACCUGAAAAUCGAAGAAAAGAACACAAAAUGGAGUCCCAUUGAUAACCCUUUGCGAGAGCUUCAAAAGAUCUUUAAAGAAGGUGAAUUAUAUGUAAAACAAUGUAUGGACAAGGAGGACUGGUGGGUUAAGGCAAUAAACCUCCAUCAAAACAAGGACUCCGUUGAGCUUCACAUUCACAAUUUGCUUUGCCACUUUCCGGCCUUCAUUGAGGCCAUUGAGAUGGCCGGAGAGAUCGCAGGGCUUGACCAGUAUGAGAUUCAAAGGAGGAGAGUCACACUCACAAGAAAGUACGACGCCGAGUGGAACGAUCCGAAGCUUUUCCAAUUUCGAUUCGGAAAUCAGUACUUGAUCCCUCGAGAGAUUUGUAGCCGGUUCGAAAGUGCGUGGAGGGAAGAUCGAUGGAACCUUGUUGAAGCUCUGAGGGAGAAGAAGUCUUCGGAAUCAGUAACGAAGAACCAACAACGGCUAGCUAGCUUGUUGAUUCGUAAAAUUAUUGGGUCAGAGGCUUCUAACGGGGAACUUUACCCUAGUUCAAUCUUGUAUUGCGGGGAUUACCAAGUAAGGCGACGAUUAUGGGGACAAUAUAAGGAAAUACAAUGGUUGGGAGAUAACUUUGUGUUAAGAAACUUCUUUGGGGAUGUUGAACCAUUAUAUUCUGAAAUCUCUAAAUUACUUUCACUCACUCAUCCAAACAUACUGCAAUACCUUUGUGGGUUUUACGAUGAAGAAAAAAAAGAAGUGUUGCUUGUUCUCGAGUUAAUGAACAAGGAUCUCGGUAGUUACAUGAAGGAGAAUUACGGUUCGAGAAGGCGGAUCUUGUUCCCUCUUCAUGUUGUGGUUGAUCUUAUGCUUCAAAUUGCAAGAGGAAUGGAAUAUCUGCAUUCAAAGAAGAUUUAUCAUGGAGAGUUGAACGCUAGUAACAUCUUUCUAAAAGCUAGGAACAGUGUUGAAGGUUGUUUCCAUUUAAAGAUCUCAGGUUACGGUUUAUCUGAUGUAAAGCCUCGUUCCUCCCCGAAUUCGUCACCGAGGAUGUGCGAGCCAAAACCUUUCAUUUGGUAUGCUCCAGAAGUUAUGAUAGAGCAAGAGCAGUCAUCCAAUGGAUCUUCCAUUUUGAAGUACUCAGAGAAGGCAGAUGUGUACAGCUUUGGGAUGCUUUGCUUUGAGUUAUUGGCUGGGAAACAACCGUUUGAAGGACAUGUAGAAAAGAUGAGUAGAAAUAUCUUGGCAGGGGAGAGGCCUCUUUUUCCAUACACAGUCCCAAAAUAUCUUGUCAACUUAGCGAAAAAGUGUUGGCAUACCGAUCCGAAUCAACGCCCGAGUUUCUCAUCAAUUUGUCGAAUUUUGCGCUACAUCAAGAAGUUCCUCGUGAUGAACCCUGACCAUGACUAUGAUCAGCCUGAAGUGCAAUGUCCUAUUGCAGAUUAUUGUGAGAUAGAGACAUGGUUUGCAAGAAAGUUCACUGCAAAUGAGACUUUCAAUCCACUUUCAGUUGCACAAAUCCCUUUUCAAAUGUUUGCUUAUCGGCUUGUCGAGAAAGAUCGAACUAUUAUGAACACCAAGGAUAAGAAUGGCGAGUUAACCAUCGAAGGGACCUCAACUUGCAGAGAUGAUAUUGUUUCUAUAAUAGAGGAUCCAUUGACAGCAACAAGUGACACAAAGUCUGUUGGUUCUGAUGUGAAAUCUCGUGGUUCGGAUACCAAGUCAGUUUAUUCGGAUGUAAGAUCAUUUUACAGUGAGGUUCCGGAAAGGAGAUCAAUACGGUUUCGCUCGCCCCCAAAGAGAUUGGUUUCCACAAAGACUCUAGAAAAGAGAGUUGUAAUGACAAAGAAAAACAUUAACGUGAAGGCCAAGAAAAGUUCAGGGGCAACAAAUGGACAAUCUACUCGAUCAUCAACCUUGAACCGUGUUCACAGUACAGGGGUAAUCAAAGAAAAUCGAUCAUCAUUCAGUACAGGUUCCUUCAACAGAGGUCGACAACAAACAUCAGGUCAUACCUCUGAUUAGCACAAAUUAAUCGCCAUAAUGAAUGUAAACGAAACAUUUAGAGACCAAAAGGACAAUCUACAACGACCAACAACCUUGAAAUGUCUUCAUAGUACAAGGAUAAUGAGAGAAAUGAUGACCAUUCGUUACAAGUUGUUUUCAGCAGAGGGCGACAAUGAGGUGCAGUGACAACAACAGGUCAAACCUCAGAUUAGCACUAAUUAAUCACCAUAAGUAAGAGGGGUUGGCCUUGUAUUUGCAUGAUGCAUAUUUAGAUGUCGUUGGGUUUUCAUCAUAAUUCUUGAUAUUUUGAUACAAAUUGGAAGAAGAGUGUGUACCAUAUAAAUCUUUUGCUGCACAUUUCUGCUUCUUUGUAUAGCCUUUUGGAUGUAAGGUUUUCACCUUUUCAUAGCUGUAAUAUUUCAUCAUUAUCCCACUCUAUUCCUUCUCUAUAAAAGUU